UCUACCUAAAAACUUUUUUGUUACAAUUUUUAACACUGUCAUUUUCCGUUUGUUAGAAUGUCAGUUUUAAGCUUUUUGACAUCAAUCACAAAGAUGUAGCAUUAUUUUUAACGUUUAUUUUUUAUCCUUUAACACAAUCGCCAAUAUGUAAAUAUGUUUAUAAAAGUAAAAAUAAAGUAAAAAUGCGCGCGUGGCAUUCGGUCGCAUAAAUGCCAGCUACAGAAAAAUUUGAACUCACAGCCACACAAUCCGACAUCGCCGUAUUACAGGAAAAGGGGUUUAUAUUAGAGAAGAUAGUUGGCGAAGGCUCUUACGCUAAAGUGUUUAAAGCGACUCAUAUGGUCGACGAGACCCGGCACACGGUCAUGGCAUGUAAAGUAAUAGACACGGCUCAGGCGCCUCGCGAUUAUCUCACAAAAUUCUUGCCACGCGAACUAGACGUUCUAAUUCGAGUCAAUCACCCGCACAUCGUACACGUGUCGAACAUAUUUCAGCGUCGCGCUAAAUACUUUAUUUUCCUCCGAUUCGCUGAGAAUGGCGAUCUAUUAGAUUUCCUCACCCAAAACGGCGCGGUUCCGGAGAACCAAAGUAGACUUUGGAUGCGUCAAAUACUCUCGGGAAUACAUUACAUACACACACUAAAUAUCGCGCAUAGGGAUCUGAAAUGUGAGAAUGUACUGAUCACCGCUAAUUAUAAUGUCAAAAUAACAGAUUUUGGUUUUGCUCGCAAUGUCAGACAGAGAGACCGCGACGUCCUAAGCGAGACGUACUGUGGUUCGCUGUCGUACGCCGCACCAGAAGUGUUAAAAGGCGUACCGUACCUCCCGAAACUUGCGGAUAUGUGGUCGAUCGGAAUUAUUAUGUACACAAUGCUUAAUAAGGCGCUGCCAUUCAAUGAGACUUCGGUAAAGAAAUUGUAUGAGAAACAGGUGAUGCGAAAAUGGCGUUUUCGCACUGGGAUAGUAAACCAACUAUCGUCUGAAUGCAAGCUACAGGUUACACAAUUAAUGGAGCCAGAAGCCAAAGCUAGACCUACAGCUGCCUCAAUCUUCAAUGGACCCUGGAUCGCUAUGGACCCCAGAUUAACAAAGCUAACAUUUCUUGAAGAAUCUCUUCUAAAGCAAGCCCAAGAAGAGUCGCAGAGACGCGAAAUGGAGCACUUUGAGGACGAGAGCGAAGUGGAGCGACUCGCGGAACUACGGCGCAAAGGGAGAGGCAAAGAGGGCUUAAAAGUAUUGAAGAAUGCCGACUCAAACUUCGCAAAAUCUCAACCAUUGUUGGAGGAGAGAGAAUGAAAGACAACAAUAUUCAAUCAGUGUUUAUUAAUUUAUAUUAACCAUGAUAUUAAGUUAUUGUAAAAAUUAUUUAAUAUAUUUAUUGUAUAAACAAGUUGUAUUUCAACUGGAUUAUAACACUUAUUUCUAGUUUUACAUUGUUAUGGAAGACAAGGGUUCAUAUGGGCAUCGCACAAUUUAUGCUUUUUGGCACAAUCACUAGGAACAGGAUCAUUAGUAAACGCAUCAAAAACAUUAAAUUAACUGCUUAAAAAACAAAAGACUUGUGACAAAGACAAGCUAGAAGAGAAAUUGUAAAGAACCCUCGAAAAUGCAUUAUUUGGUGUUGUGCGAUAUACAGGCAUUUCAUAAAUUGGCAAUUCAUACUUAAUAAAUACUUAUUUAAAUACGUUAUCAAACUCUAACGAU